AUGGCCGGCGAGCCUGGCGGUUUCGAGGGUGCGGUUCCCAGCGCAAGUGGCGCGGCGUACAGCGUGCAGUGGGCUCUCGGUCCUUGCUCUCAGCCGUCCAUGCUGCCUGCUGGCUGGACGGCGUAUUUCUUCCCGCUCUCGCUGCUUCCCUCCAUCUAUGGCUUCCUGGUGAUCCAGCUGGUGGCGACGGCUGCAGUGCAAGCAGCAUGUGAGCUGCUGGGAUUCAACCUUGGAUACUCCAAAUUCGCCUCCACUGCGAAAUGGAAGUCAAUUCAGAUACCCUCUCGCGUUGGCCUUCUCCUCUUCUACCUCCCAGCAGCGCUCAUCGCUGCUCUCUUCCUUUCAGCCGCCCUGGGACUCUCGCCCGCCCUCCACCUCCUCCGCGCCACACACAUGCUCCCUCACUCUCCCUCUCCGCUCCCACCAACCGCUGCCUCUUGGAUGGGUGCUGGUGCUGCUGGGACUGGGAAGCCCGGGUGGGAGGGACAGAUGGGUGUGUGGGAGCAGCUAGUAGCAACGGUUACCAGUGAACAGUGGCGCCUGGUGCUGGUCUGUGCGGCCUGCCUGGUGCACUAUUCCAAGCGAUGCCUGGAAACUCUCUUCCUGCAUCGCUUCUCAGGCACCACUUGCCUAGUUACAACAGUGUUCAUCAUGCUUGGAUACUGCAUGCUUGCCUACGUCCUCCUUUCCUCCCAGUGGCUUACCGCUGCUGCUGCUACUCUCCCAUCCCGUGCCACCACUGCUGCUGCAACUGCUGCUGCUGCCGCCACCGUCACUGCUGCUGCUUCUACGGCUGCUGCUGGUGCCAGUGCGGUUGCUCCCUGCAGUGCUGUACCUGCUGUGAAUCUCAUGCCCCUGGGCCUGCUACUCUUCCUUGUUGGGAUGGCUGGGAACUUUUACCAUCACUGGUUGCUCACUCGGCUGCGCUCAGAUGGCAGUCACGAGUACCGCGUCCCUCAUGGUGGCCUUUUUCACUGGGUGACCUGCCCGCACUACCUCUUUGAAUGCAUCGACUUCCUGGGGGUUGCCUUCAUGUCUCAGUGCACAGAGCUGUAUGUCUCGAGCGCAGCUCCGCCACGCGCGGAUGGCGGGGGAGCAGCCGCGGCUGAAGAGGAUGGCGGGGGAGCAGUCCCGGGGGAGUUGCCUGGAAGAGGGGAGCGAGCCAUAGGGGCAGAAAUCGUGGGAGGAAAGAUUCUGGGGUCGGAGAGCGGACUAGACAUGGGAGAGUCGGUGCACUGGGAUCGUCCCUUCAUCUACCGCAUCCCCAUUCAACCCACCCCCUGCCACCGCUGCUGCCCCUCCUCGCCGCAUUCCUGUUUUUCCUCCCUCUCCUCCACCACCCCAUCCUCCACAUCCCAACAAACCCCUCCCCCCUCGUCCAGCCUGACUAAUCGACCUUCCAGCCUCGAAAGGGAGAUCACCAUAUGGCACCGAGUGGCAGGGCGAGUGCGGCUCACUGAGAUGGCAGCUGCGACCAGAGCAGGCAUUGACACCACCGGGCUGCUGGGCAUGUGGCCAUCAGAAGAAGCCAUGGCGUGCUACCUCAUUGCACAUGCACACAGAUUCAG